AUGCUCCGCGGCAAGAGCAGGAGCAGGUCGGAGAACAACGAAAACAACGAGGGAACGGAGACCGGAAAGCAGCGGAGACCGAAGUGCGCCCGUUGUAGGAAUCACGGCCUCAUUUCGUGGCUGCGGGGUCACAAGCGGGAAUGUCGUUACCGGGAAUGCCUGUGCCCGAAAUGUUCCCUGAUCGCUGAACGACAACGAGUGAUGGCUGCACAGGUUGCUCUGAAGAGACAACAGGCAGCCGAAGACGCAAUCGCUCUUAAAAUGGCAAAGGUGGCUACGGGACAGAAGCUCGAUCGACUUCCUCCAGGCAAGAUUUUCGGAAUGUCCGUGACUGAGCCGAAAUCGACGGUGGAUCAAAAUGAAGAUGCGACUCCUGCUACAAAAAAACUCGACGGAAUUUCUGAAGAUGCUAAUGAUCUUCCACAUGUGUCGACCGAUGACGCUUUACCGGCUCGUGUUCAAAAUUGUUCCGACAACCUGGAAACCUCUUCGAGAUCCAGAAGUCUCUUCUUCGACGCCGGCAAACUGGAGGGUGUCAGGGAAACCACCUUGGUAUCUCAGACUUCCGUGGAGACUCUAGCCCGCCUAUUUCCGAAUACCAAGCUGUCGGUCCUGCAGCUGGUACUGCAACGUUGCGGUCAAGACCUACUCAAGGCAAUCGAGUACUUUGCGAGCGACAACUUGGGCAUCACCGAACCAGCGACGUCAACUAGUAUCGGCCACACGUCCUCGGCCUUUCGGCCCCCGCAAACAAUCGUCGACAGCAGCGCGGGGGAACAACAGCAACAGAUUCCCGGCACGAUGCUGGCACCGAUCUAUACCAGUCUGUCCAGAAACGUUUACGGGGAUGCGGGUUAUUGCCUACUAAAUAUCGUGCCGACUGAGCAGUUUGCUAAGGGGACUGAUCUGCCGAUCGCGAAAACGACAGUCGAUCAGGAGACGGUAGCUCUUAAUUUUCGCUACAACAAUUACUUCACCUCCGGCGUGCAACAGCAACUGAGGGAUGCUCAUGUGUGCGCCCAAGUGGCGGCGGAUCGACUGUCAAUCGCCAGAUCGGCGGGCAUAUUGCAUCAUUUGCCAUCCACCACGGCCGUUCUGCCGAGCAUUCCUUGUGUGCAGCCCAAUUGCACGCAAUGCAACUACAAGUUCACGUAA